AUGGAAACCAUUGCUCAGAGAAUUUAUCAAAGUUUCAAUGAAACACUUUUCGACGAUAUCAAUAGUUAUUUAUCUGGAUUCAUCUCUUUCAUUUUCAAUAUUCUCUUGAUUUAUUCUACUUCUAAAAUCAAAGCUUACACCAAGUCUGUAAGAUUCUCAAUGUAUUCAAUGUCAGUUCUCAGACUCGCAUUCUCGGCAACCAUCGUUUUGACUUGUCCGGUCAUCAUCUACUCGAAAAGCAUAAAAUCUUUGUAUAUCAUCAAGAAUGGAUUCAACUUUCCAGUUGCAAUCGGAGAUGGAUUCCUCGCUCUUUUUGUUGCUUUCAUAGUUAUGUCUUGUAACGGUCCAGCUGUUCAAUAUCUGCAAGUUGCUCAUUUAUUGUCAACAUCUUCUCGAAAAGAACUGAGCAAAACUAUCUCAAUCAUGCCGAUUGCUGUCGUCAUGGCCUCGUUAAUCCUAAUAUUCUUCGGAUAUAUUCCACCGUUUUAUGAGAUUCAUCUAAGCAGUUUUUUAUUAGAGAAGCUUGCAGAACAUGGGGAUACUGCUUAUCUAAUUGUUACUGUUAGAUUGAAGCAGAUGAAAAUACGGUUCUCUGUCAGUUCCGUUUCCAAGAAGUCCCAGGAACAACUGAAUAUGGCACUUUUAUUGCAGUUCAUCCUCCCCUUCAUCACUAUCCACAUCCCAUUCUACAUCAUUGUCGUCCUCCCAUUUUUCGGAAUCGCUGGAAGAAUUCUCGCUGAUCAAGUGCUUUAUCUGUUCUGUUGGUGUCCAGCAAUCAACCCAAUUCUUGUUAUUGCCAUGGUCAAGGUUCGCUAG